CAGUGGCGGGGCAGAGGUUGAGCGAAGCAGCAGCCGCCGCCACCGGUCUAGCAUGUACUGCUGGGGAGCCGGCUCCUGCGGGCAGCUGGGGCUGGGCGAGGCGGCAGCCGGCGGGCCGGUGCUGUGCCGGCGGGGGCCAGAGGCCGGCGGCGGCCACACGCUCCUGGAAGCGGCUUGCGGGGAGCGCCACACGCUCCUGCUGCGGCCCGACGGCACCGUCUGCUCCUGCGGGGCUAACGCCCGGGGGCAGCUGGGCAGGAGGCUCCGCCCGGGGCAGCGGCCCCCGCCUCGCAGCUACACGCCGGAACAAAUUCAAGCUUUAGAAGCACAGAUUAUUGUUCAUGUGAGCUGUGGAAAAGAACACUCGCUGGCUGUUUGCAACAAAGGAAAGGUCUUCUCCUGGGGAGCUGGGUCUGAAGGCCAGCUGGGCACUGGAGAAUUUAAGGAACAAAGUUUAAUCCCGAAGAAAAUAGAUGGCCUUUCUGCUCUCCGAAUAAUACAAGUCACCUGUGGGCACUAUCACUCGGUUGCACUUGCACAAGAUGGCAGAGUCUUUUCAUGGGGACAGAACACCCAUGGCCAGCUUGGUCUGGGUAAAGAAACCCCCUCCCAGCCUAGCCCACAGCAUGUCACAUCUCUCAACGGGAUCCCCUUGGCUCAGGUUGCUGCUGGCGGGGGACACACCUUUGCGCUGUCUCUCUCAGGAGUUGUGUAUGGGUGGGGAAGGAACAACGCACGGCAGCUGGGAUUAAAUCACGCUAAUACAAGAGAGCAAGUCUUCAAACCGUAUGCGGUAGCUGCUCUGAAGACUAUUGGUGUGGUCUAUAUCAGCUGUGGAGAUGAGCACACUGCAGUGCUCACCAAGGAUGGCAGUGUGUUCACAUUUGGAGAUGACAGUGCUGGACAACUGGGACAUCGCUCUUCAACCCAGAUGCCUGGUCCUCAAAAGGUCAAAUGGAUAGAUGGUCCAGUUUCCCACUUGGCAUGUGGAAGCUAUCACACCCUGGUCUAUAUGUCUACUUCUGGGCAGAUUAUAUCUUUUGGACGUGGUCCCCAAAGACACAUUGAAAAUGGAACAGCCAGUAACCCAGGGGAGCAGAUACAGAACUUUGACAUCAGCAGCCUGGUUUCAGCUAACGAUCUGUCGGGCGUCCAAGUAAAAAUGAUUUUUGCUGGAACGUAUGUCAACUUCGUCAGUACUCUUCAGUCCCAGGAUCUUGAGCAUGCACAUGGGAUCUCUUCCACAGAUACCCUGCCGAAGAUUAGCAGGCUUGACAGGACAUUGAUAGAUAAAUGGUUGGCAGUGACAGCUGGCACUGAUGAAUUCCAGGAGGCUAAAAGGGAAAUAGCCCUGAUAUUUUCUUCUCCUGCUUGUUUAAGUGCAAGUUUUUUAAAACCCAGCUCUGCUUUGGAAGCAAAUUGUAUUGGUGUUGAUCUACAAAAGGCGAGGGACGUAUUUGAUGAGCUAACCAAAAAGGAAUGGAUUGUUAACCAGAUAAAUCCCUAUCUGUUGGCUGAUCUGAUUCCUGGUCUUCCACUGCGUUCUCCUCAUCAUGAGGCUUUAUCUAUUUUCCUACUCCUGCCAGAAUGCUCUGUGAUGUACAAAGAACCGAACUUGGAGCCUUUUGUUAUGCGACUUGCACAGGCCAUUAAUACCAUGAGUGACCGUUCCUCAGACAUUCUGGAAGAAUGCUGGUCAUCCUUGUCAGCAUCCUUUUUGGACAAUGUGGUGCAGAUGUUGAAAAAGGCUGUAGUAUCUCAGCUGCCAUAUUACGCCUUCCCCCGUUACCAGGACACCAAACCUCUCCUAGAAGUGCUUGAAAAGCUGUACAGAGCAAACAGGAAGGCUAACUACACGCUACAGUUAAGCAGUUUUUACAUAGAUGAAAUCUCCGGAACAUUUAUUCUUUCAAACGAUGUAUGGAGGUGGCGCUCAUGGCAAGUUACAGCUAAUUCGUGUCAUGAAGACCACGUUCCUGUCAUAUUCUGCCGUUUCCCUUUUAUCUUUAACUUGGUUUCCAAGAUUCAUGUGUUCCACCUUGAUUCAUUUUUCAUGCAAGAGGCAGAAGCCCAGUUCAUACUGACACAGAAUGAACGGCUGAGAGAGAGUGAGCUUCCUGCGUUGCCUGUUUUUCCUCUGCUAGUUAAACGCAGCAACCUGGUUGAAGAUACUUUACGUAAACUAAGUCUGGUGGAGGACAGUGUCCUGAAAAAGCAGUUGUUGGUGCAAUUUGAAGGGGAGUUGAUGGGCCUGGAUGCGGGCGGAGUGACGUUAGAAUUCUUCCUGUAUGUAUUUGAAGAGAUGGUGAAUCCACAAUAUGGGAUGUUCAUAUAUUGUGACCCUGCGUCCCCAAUGUGGUUUCCUACCAGCUCUUCAGUAGAGAAGAAAAAGUAUUUCCUCUUUGGGGUCCUAUGUGGGCUCUCCCUGUUCAAUAGGAUCAUUGCCUUCAUCCCUUUCCCACUCGCUAUUUUUAAGAAACUUCUGGAUAAGAAGCCUUCGCUCGAAGAUUUGAAAGAGCUGAGUCCUGUGGUAGGGAAGAGUUUGCAGGCAGUUCUAGAUUAUGAGUAUGAUGAUAUUGAAGAGAAUCUUCAGAUACAUUAUUGUGUGUCGUGGGACAACAAGGAAGUAGACCUGAUUCCAGAUGGCAGUUCCAUAGCUGUGAACAACAAAAACAAGAAGGACUUUGUCAACAAGUAUGUGGAUUACGUCUUCAACAAAUCUGUGGAGGUGGUUUAUGAGGAGUUCAAGAGGGGAUUUUACAAAGUCCUGGACAGAGAGAUACUUAGAUUCUUCCAGCCUCAAGAACUGAUGGAGGUGGCAAUUGGAAAUGCUAAUUAUGACUGGAACAAAUUUGAACAGAAUGCAGUCUACUGGGGAAUGUACACUCCAUCACACCCCACCAUCAAAAUGUUCUGGAAGGUUUUCCAUGAGCUCACAGUGGCAAAGAAGAAGGGCUUUCUCUUGUUUCUCACAGGAAGUGACCGGAUCCCUGUAAUGGGAAUGGACUGUAUAAAGAUAAAGUUCAAUCCACACGUGUCUAUGUCUGAAGAUCACAUCCCUGAAGCACAGACCUGCUUUCACAUCCUGAUCCUCCCACAGUAUUCUACAAUAGAAAGACUCCGGGAGAAGCUUCUUCUAGCCAUCGAUAACAAUCGGGGGUUUGGAAUACAGCUGGAGAAUAAGAGCAUAUCUAACAAAAUGCCAAGGGACAGCCAGACAGGCAGGCAACAAACCAGCAGCCAAAUGAGUUUAUUGUCACCACCUCCUCAACCAGCAGGAGCAGCAUCCUCAUCGUUGUUGUUGGUCCCAAAAUCAAACUGCCACCCCAACUUCUUCAAGAAGCACCCACAAGAAAUCAGCCAGAUAAACUGCAAAGAGAGCUCCCUAGCUGUCGUGGAGAGAAAUGGGAGCAUUCUCAUUUUUGACAAAGAGGGUGAACACAGAAAACCGGAAUACGUGACUUUAGGACAGAACAUGAGGGGGCAUUCCUUGGACUGUGGAGCAGCAUAUAUGCUCAUUCUCACCUCAGAAGGAAAACUUUUUGAGCGGAGCAUUUCAGCCACAGCUGAUAAGUCAAAGAUAAGACUGCUGAAAGAAUUAAGAGACAAAUACAUUGUCCAAAUCGCAUGUGGGGACCAUCAUUCCAUGGCACUGUCUAAAGGUGGUGAGCUUUUUACCUGGGGACAGAACUCGCACGGUCAGCUUGGAGUGGGGAACCAGAUUGACUUUACCCACAAACCACAACUGGUGCAGGAACUCAGAGGCAUCCCGCUGGCUCAGAUUGCUGCAGGAGGAACUCACAGCCUUGCCCUGUCGCUCUCUGGAGCCGUUUACUCAUGGGGGAAGAACGAUUUUGGACAGCUGGGACUUGGAGACACAGAAAACAAAUAUUACCCUUCAUACAUUAGAGCCCUAGAACAUAAGAAGACUGUGUAUAUCUCAUGUGGUGGAGAGCACACUGCCAUUCUCUCACAGGAUGGGCUGGUGUGUACCUUUGGAGCUGGAGAUUAUGGGCAGCUUGGUCACAACUCCACCCAGAAUGAGUUGAUACCUCGUAUUGUGGCUGAGCUCUUUGGAGCAAGGGUGUCUCAGAUAGCAUGCGGAAGGUGGCACACGCUUGUCUAUGUCCCCUCCUUGGGAAAAGUCUAUUCAUUUGGUUGUGGAGCAGAAGGACAGCUGGGCAAUGGUGACACAUCUAAUCAGUUGAUACCACUGCCUGUCGAAUUACCUUCAGAUUGGGUGAAUGGUGGAAAACUCAACCCAGGAAACAGUACCUCCAAAAAGGUGAUUAAAAUUAUUGCAGGAGGAAACCAAAGCAUUGUGCUUUGCUUGAAGAAAAAGAAUCCAUAUGUUACUUUGAACGGAACUGCCAUAGUGGAAGACAAAGAGGUGGAUAAAUGGAUUUCUAAUUCGGAUCCUAAACAGUGGGAGAAUAUAAAGAAGAAUAUUCAUCUGAUCUUUUCAUCUGUGGCUUGUGUCAAUGGAAGUUUCUUGGACAAAAGUAGAGACAAACAUUUCAGAACCUCCAAAGAAAUCUCAGGCAUAGAUAUGUCAGCAGUGCUUCUUUUUUAUGAGAAGAUGAACAAGAAACCAAAAGGCUUGCAGGAGGUGAUCUCUGCAGUUGAGAAAUUGCUGUCAUCACUGUCUUCCUCUCCCAGCUCACCUGAAGCUCUCAGGAUCUACCUGAUCAUUCCUGUCCUUUUACGGGGACAGGAUAACGUGUCUAACCGUCUUCUUGAUCGGCUAGCAGAAGCCAUCCUGAGUCUCCAACAAAAAGACCUGAAAGUUCUUGAAUCCCUGUGGUCAAAUCUAGAAAUAUCUUUUUUCAAGGACCUAGUGAGCACGUAUCAAAGGGUUUCCAGAAUCAAUCUACUUAAUUUCAUCAUGCAAGUCAGAAACUCUGAAGAAGUUACCUGUGAACCGCACUUGAAUAGGACUUUGAAAAUGCUGCAGAUUCUUUACCAGGUGAAUUCCAGUGCUGGUUUCAAAAUACAGGAAAACAACUUCUAUGUACCUGAAGUGAAAGGGAUUUGGGGACAGGCUUGGCAUUCGAAUGAAGCAAUGAAGGCUUUGUUGAAACUGACUGCAUACCCUUGCAUCUUUGACAUGCAAGAUAAGAUUGUGGUUUAUGAAAUUGACCGCCAAAUUCUGUUCAGGAUAUAUAACGCAAACUCUUUCCUGGUGCCACGAGGUCCGUGGUGUUUAGAGAUCAGAAGAACACACCUUGUGGAUGAUGUGUGGCAGUGUUUGAGGAGCGCACCACCUAAAACAUUUGAGAAAUUCUUGAAAGUGCAGUUCGUUGGAGAACAAGGUAUUGAUGAUGGAGGGUUGUCCCAGGAGUUCUUCACUAUCAUUACAAGGGAACUGUGUUGUCCAGAAGCACAGAUAUUCAGAAGUUUGGAGGACUCCAAGCUGAUUUGGUUCCCCUCUCAGGUACCAGGAAGCGAAGACACCUUUUUCCUGAUUGGCACUCUGUUUGGAAUGGCACUGUAUAACAUGAAGAUCGCUCCCUUUCAUUUCCCUCUAGCUCUGUACAAAAAGUUGCUGGAUAUUCCACCCACUCUAGAAGACUUAAAAGAGCUGUCUCCUACAGAAGGGAGGAAUCUUCAAGAAAUGCUGGAUGAAGACUAUGAUGACAUCCUUGAGAACAUGAUGAUGGAUUUCACAAUAAUGAAGGAACAAGGAGGAUCUAUAGUUUCCAUCGAACUUAAAGAAAAUGGUGCAGACAUUCCAAUCACAAAGCAUAACAGGAAAGAAUACGUCAAUGCAUACGUGAAUUAUGUGUUCAAUGAAUCGGUAAAGAAGCCAUUUGAGGAUUUCAGGAAUGGGUUUUUAAGAGGCUGUCCAGCUAAAAAGUGGAAGCUCUUCCUUCCUAUCGAGUUCCUUACUGUUUUCCGUGGACAUACAAAAUAUGACUGGAAGCUGCUGGAAGAGAAUACAAAGUACACAGAUUAUGAAAAGUCUGAUCAAACCAUCAAGAAUUUUUGGGCUGUGUUUCAUGAACUCCCAGAAGAAAAGAAGAAGAAUUUUCUUGCUUUUCUGACAGGAACGGAUCGAAUCCCUGCCGAAGGGAUGAGACAUUUUCAAUUCACUAUUGCAGACUUUAAAAAAGAAAACCCGGACCUUUUCCAUCCUGUUGCCAAUACCUGCUAUCACAUCUUGGCGCUCCCAAGAUACAGCAAUAAAGAGAUUUUUCGGGAAAAGUUCCUGAAUGCCUUAGAGUUUUAUGAAAAAUUUAACCUAUCAUAAAUUGUGGCCAAGAGCAAUUUAAAAAAACAUUUUUCAUGUCUUACUUGCAAUAGUAUUCUAUUGUUGGAGGAGAUGCCACCAAAUCCUGUCUUUUAUUUGCACUGCACCUUAAAAACAUUCAGAUUCAUUCAUCCAUUGGGAUUGCACUUUGACUGCAGGCCUGAGAAUCACCACCUUUGUUGAAGUACCUAAGAUUGUAGAACAGGUUUGUAAAAAGUCAGUGAACUAACUAACCAAGUGCAAUAUUGACUAAACGAAAAUGUAUUAUUGGUUAAAUGACUUUUUCCCUGCAUAAUCUCUUACAUUGGAUAUAAAGUGUGUGUGUAUAUGAAUAUAUAUAUAUAUAUAUGAGAGAGAGAGAGAUUGAUUUUGUGAUAUGACAGGUGUAUAUAUAGUACAUAGGAAUUUCAAAGGUACCUAGUGGAUUUAAAUGCCCAAUUCUCCUUGAAUUUCAUUUGGAUUUGGGUGAAUGAGUCUCUUAGGUUCCAUUGCAAAUCCCAGCCUUAAUAUGUAUCAAAAGAACACGUAAUUAAUUAUUAAUGGUAUAUAAAAUAGGUUGACAAUGUAUAUAAUAGGUACUUUUAACUUCAGUGCUACCUACCAGACUGCUGUGUUAGGCAAAAUCACCCUCCCGGUCUUAACUCUCAUGCUUCCUACAUUCCCACCAUUUAAAAGAAACUUGCUGCUUCACAGAUGUUUCUGGCUGGGGUUUUCAAAGGAGCAUAUGGGAGAUAGAAUUAAUUGGGAGUUGGGUGUUUAAUGGGAGAUGGGCAACUGACUCCCUGCAGCCACUUGGAAAGUCUCCAGCACACUGACACAUUCAGCGAGCAAGAGGUUAAUUGGAUGCUGGGAGGAGGGGUUGGUAAAGACAGUAAUGACUCUGUAACUCUACAGUGCUCUUAUUUGACAUGGACCUGAUUACUCAGCAAAAUAAGUCACUAUCUUUGCCAGCAGCAGAAGCCUGAAUUGUGUUCACAGGGUGACCUCAAGAAGCAAGUCAACAACUGUAAUAUUAACAAAUAACAAUUAACACUUCUCCUAUAGGUUUCCCAAUGCAUCCUGUCUUCACUGUGUCUUUUUUGGAUUUGUCUGUAAGCUCUUUGGGGCAUAGAUUCUCAAUACUUUGUAUCUUGUAUAGAACCAAGCAUGCUGUCAAUGCAUUCUUAAUAGUAGUAAUGCCAAAGGGAGAGGAUGAUGAAAUUUCCACUGAUCAGAAAUAUUAGUGAUGAGUUCUCUAGCCUUACCCAAUACCUAAGGGGGCCUGAACCUGCAAAUUUGUAUUGGACUGAGCAGUCCAUACUCUCACAAGCACUGUCUUUGACUCCUCCAAGUAAGAGGUUUCAGGAUCAGGACUCAGCAUGGCAAAUAUUUUAUAUUCUGUCAGUCAUUUCCAGGCUUCGCUAAAAGCUGUAUUUUUAAAGCAUUAAUGCAAGGGCUUUGCAUUCCCAACAUGCUGUGAACUUCUUAUUUUCACUGUACGUAAUUUUUAAAGGGGGUGUGUGGAGUCCUAAGCAAAUAGAUUUCAUUUUCAAAAGCACAAUGUUUUUUUAAAUAAAUGUCACUGCUACCAUAAGUUAAACUCUUUGGGUCCAAUUAUGCAAGCAACUCCAUGUGCAUGGAUCCCUGCACCUAUGCAGGCUUCCUGGUGGGCCCUGGGAGCUGGCUGUACUUUGCAGAAUUAAGGCCCAACACUGAUAAUACUAUGCAAGGUUGUAAACACUGCAGACUAUACUUUUUGUAUUUUUCUGUGGUUUUUCUUGUAAAAAGCAUAUAAAUAUUGCAUCUUUUUCAUUGUCCGACAACUGUGCUCAUUGCUUACCCUGAGUACCGUAUGUUUGUUAUACAUUGUUGAAUAUGUCAGUGGGCAGGUACCUAAAGCAAGUUUCAUGUGUAAGAAAGUGUUUUACUGGCCCUUUUGCCAAAUGUUGUGUUGAAAUAAAUGAGGAUAGCCUUUCAUA